ACCGAGGUGGGCGGGAUCAGCGGCAAGAUGGCGGCGGGGAGCGAGAGGGACAGGUCUCGGGGCGGCCGCGGGCGCAAAGCGGCGCAGCCUCUGGUCAUCCCGCGCACCGCGGCCGAGGAGCAGCGCCUGCGGCUCGAGCGCCUCAUGAGGAACGCGACGCUGCGAAUCUCCGAAGAUGCCGACAAGGACAAACAGGUUCCAAUUCCCGAGAAACCCAAGGAGUGGGCUCCCCGACCUCCGCCUGAAUUUGUCCGCGAUGUGAUGGGCUCGAGCGCUGGGGCUGGGAGCGGGGAGUUCCACGUUUACCGACACCUGCGACGACGGGAGUACAUGAGGGAGGAGUUCAUGGAAAAACAGGCGGUCAAGCAACGUCUUGAGGAGGAAUUCCAAACUAAACUGGGCCAGAACAAGCAAGCUGCCGAGGAGAGGACCGCCAAACGCCGAAAUAAACGACAGAAGUUAAAGGAGAAGAAAAUGUUGGCAAAGAAACGUAAACCAGAGCCGAAUAAACCAGUGGAGGAGGGCUGUGACAAAGCUUCCAGCAGUGAGGAGGAAGAGAAGACAAAGAAUUCGAGUGAUGAGGCGGAUGAGUGUGAAGCGUCCAGCUUUGUGAUGGGCGGACGGUGACCCGCGGGCAGGCGAUGUGACCAGGCUCCGGGGACAGGCCAGGACAGGGCCACAGCCGGGAGGAUGGCGGGCAGGGAACGUGCCGGGCGGGGAGUUUGAGCAAAACCUGAUUGGAAAGCUGGCCUCUCCGUGCACAGGACUCAAAAGAUUAAUCGUGGUUUAUUUUCAUUUAUUGGUUUCAAACAUUCCUUCGAUCUGUCAGCUACACAAACAGCAAGUGAUGGGGGAAUGACUACAUUUUGUAUUUGGGCUUAAUCACAAAUUAAACAUUUUGUACAAAAAAAA